AUGCUCACGUACCUAGGAGAAGAUCCAGAGGUUUGUCUUGCCGAGGCCCCCAGCUCACCGUUACCGCGAGUCACGGAGAAGACUUCCGUCGAAGGCUACAAAGUAGAACGACGGAUUGGGAACAGCAAGGGCCGUCAAUCAUUAUUUAGUCGAAAUGCGCAAGAGGGCGUCAGAUUAUCGGGCGUCCAGGAACCUGCUGAGGUGAAGAGGUUUUCUAUAGGGGUCAAUGCUACAAAGAUCGGGAAAGCUUGCUUACCUGGGCUGAGCGAAGCAGUCCCUCAGGACGAGGUACCUGAAUGUCGAAGACUAGCAAGAAAGGUCUACAAGCUCUUGAAAGGCGUUGAGCCUGGCGCAAAAGCGCUCGUGGUUAUUUUCAAUGCGUUAUGCACGUGUAUGAGUACAGAGGUUCAAUAUGUGCCGGUAUCGAUGAAUAAAUGGUUAAGAGUGACUCGUAUGGAGUCAAUGGCUAAAAAGAAACAUAUACUAGGAGUCUGUAGCACAGGCCACAAUAUUAUUGCUCUCCUAGGUUGA